GAGAAUCAACAGCUGAUACAAUGGACUCAUACUAUAAUGAAAGUAAAUCAUUGAUUUCCAGAAUAUGUGUAAUUUAUUAAUGCUGAAAUUCUGACAACGAUAGUUUACGCCAUUUACGCAAGCGUUCUUCUUCGCCUCCUCUUUGGGCUUGCCGUUUAACCAUCAAACAAACGCCAUGAGAACAUCGCCCCCUGGAGUCACAAAUUCUGAUGGGUAACAGAUUUCGGUACAACACCGUAAAGGAGUUUUCCCGCGCCUGUUCGGAAGUGUCGUAGAUGUAAAUACAAGUCGUAAACAAGUGGCUGUUUUUAUCGGAGAGGACUGUCGUCUCACCGGGAGUACUUUGAACUCGGUGAUUAAACCAAGUGGGCCCGUCGCGAACGAAUCGACUCUUUUGCACGAUUUGCUACUUAAGUGCAGCGGCAGCUGUGCUUUGAAUGAAUACCGAGGCCUACUACGCUACUAUGUUUUACUGUUGGUCAUUCUGCUGGUACUUGGAGAGCCAAGUGUGUCCCGAGGUGAACCGCUGACGUAGCGCACUAAAAGCUGGAAAAUCACAGCCUUUAUGGGCGUGUUUGAAGCACUUUCCCCGCCCCUUCCCCCUUCGCACACACAUAGUUGUGUGAGCUGCCUGCACAGGAGAAGACAACAAUGUGGACCUUGGUAGGAACGUCUGUGCUCCUGCUGCUAAACAUGAUCUGUGCUGCGGACCAGACCAGUGGAUCCACUCGGAACAACCGCGCCAGUCACACUGCUCCGUCAUACCUGGGGAAACUUCUGGUGGUGCCCAUGGACGGGAGUCACUGGACCGGCAUCAAGGCCGUUGCGCAGGAAAUGGGUCGGCGCGGACACCAGGUCACCGUGGUGAUUCCGGAGGUCAGCAUGCAGUUGGGCCCGGGGGAGCACUACGACACUCUGACCUAUCCUGUGCCGUACGACAAGGCCUCUGUUGACUCCAUACUGUCCGGCAACAAAGACAUGCUGGUCAAAUCCACACAGCCUUUCCUGGAGAGAAUGCAGAAAAAGUUUGCACAGAUGGCACGGAUUAUGGAAAUUAUCCACACCGUGUCAGAGAGUCUUCUGUUCAACGACAGUCUGAUCGCACAUCUGGAUCAGCAGGGCUUUGACGCUGUCCUGACAGACCCCAUGUUGCCUACAGGUGCCCUAAUCGCUCGCAAACUAGGUAUCCCCAACAUUAAUAUUCUGAGAGGAAUUCCGUGUUUCCUGGAUAUGCAGUCUGCAGGGUGCCCGUCCCCGCCUUCGUACGUGCCUCGCUUCUUCACUGGACUCACAGACAAGAUGGACUUCAAACAAAGAGUCCUCAACACUGUGGUGAGUGCUCUGGAGCCGCUGCUGUGCCGAGUUGCGUACUGGCGCUUUGACCGCAUAGCCUCUCAGUUCCUCAACAAAGACGUGGGUGUGGCGGAGGUGUUGGCGGACUCAGCCAUCUGGCUGCACAGGAUUGACUUCACACUGGAGUUCCCGCGCCCGCUCAUGCCCAACAUGGUGCCCGUCGGGGGCAUGAACUGCGACGUGAGGAAGCCUCUGCCAGCGGACCUGGAUCCCUGGGUGUCAGGAGAGCGGGGCUUUGUGGUGUUCACACUGGGCACUGCCGUGCCAGAAAUGCCAGAAGAAAUCACCAAGGUGUUCCUCGAGGCCUUCAGGCAGAUCCCACAGAAGGUGAUAUGGCGAUACAGUGGAUCUGUUCCUGGCAAUAUCCCAGAAAAUGUAAAGAUGAUGAAAUGGGUUCCUCAGAACGACUUACUUGCUCAUCGUGGAGUCCGGGCUUUCAUCACUCACGCUGGGUCACAUGGUCUCUUCGAGGGACUUUGCCACGCCGUUCCCAUGGUGAUGGUGCCAAUCUCCGGAGACCAGCCCGACAACGCGCAAAGGCUGGCGAGUAAAGGGGCGGGACUUGUGUUGGACAUCACGUCCAUCACCACGGAGGAUCUGCUGCAGGCUUUGAACGAGGUCAUCAACGACACCAGGCACAAAGAGACCAUGAAGAGGCUUUCUGCGCUGCACAAAGAUCGUCCUGUGGAGCCUCUGGACCUCUCCGUCUUCUGGACAGAGUUUGUGAUGCGGCACAAGGGGGCCGACCAUCUUAAAGCUGCAGUCACCGGCCUCAACUGGUUCCAGUACUUCUGUCUGGACGUGAUGGCGCUGCUGGCUGCUGUGCUGCUGCUCUGCACACUCCUCACCCUCAAAUGUGUCAAGUUCUGCUGGCGGAAAGUCAGCCGGAAGAGAAAACGAGACUAAAGUCGGGAGUGGACAAACGCUUUGACCGCCAUCAUUUACACAAAACAGAACGGGACAAGCGGUAGAAAAUGGAUGGACAAGCAAAUACAUUGAAAAGGUGUGUUAUUGUUUGGGCCACGGCGCCAUCUAUUGGACGUGUUCGCUCACUGCAAGGUGCUGCUGGGUAAAUGCUACACUGUAAUCUUCUAAUCAUCCAUUGUGUUUCUACUUGUAUACAUUCUUCAUUCAUCACUCCAAGCAACGUUUAACUUUUACAAUGAAACUACAACUAUUCAUACUUACUAAAUGUCUGUAGGAGUGUUUUCAUGCAAUAUGAUAGUAUUGAAAUGAAGCUAGUGUCGUUAGCAUUGGAAAAUAUGUACAGUUGUGGUCAAAAGUUGACAUACUUUCUACAACUCUUAUUUUUUUGUGAUAGAGUGAUUGGAGCACAUACUUGUUGGUCACAAAAAACAUUCAUGAAGUUUGGUUCUUUUAUGAAUUUAUUUAUGAAAAUGUGACCAAAUCUGCUGGGUCAAAAGUACUACCACCACGAUGCUUGACGGUAGGAUUGGUGUUCCUGGGAUUAAAGGUCUCACCUUUUCUCCUUCAAACAUAUUGCUGGGUAUGGUGGCCAAACAGCUCUAUUUUUCUUCCAGACCUUUCCACCAGAAGGUCUAAACUUUGUCCAUGUGAUGUCAGAUGAAACAAAAAUUGAGCUGUUUGGCCACAAUACCUAGCAAUAUGUUUGGAGGAGAAAGGGUGAGGCCUUCAAUCCCAGGAACACCAUUCCUACCGUCAAGCAUGGUGGUGGUAGUAUUAUGCUCUUGGCCUGUUUUGCUGCCAAUGGAACUGGUGCUUUACAGAGAGUAAAUGGGACAAUGAAAAAGGAGGAUUACCUCCAAAUUCUUCAGGACAAGCUCAAAUCAUCAGCCCGGAGGUUGGGUCUUGGGCGCAGUUGGGUGUUCCAACAGGACAAUGACCCCAAACACACGUCAAAAGUGGUAAAGGAAUGGCUAAAUCAAGCUAGAAUGAAGGUUUUAGAAUGGCCUUCCCAAAGUCCUGACUUAAACAUGUGGACAAUGCUGAAGAAACAAGUCCAUGUCAGAAAAUCAACACAUUUUGCUGAACUGCACCAAUUUUGGUGGUCAAAAAUUCAAGCAAAAGCUUGUGGAUGGCUACCAAAAGCGCCUUAUUGCAGUGAAACUUGCCAAGGGACAUGUAAGCAAAUAUUAACAUUGCUGUAUGUAUACUUUUGACCCAGCACAUUUUCAGUAGACCCAUAAUAAAUUCAUAAAAGAACCAAACUUCAUUAACGUUUUUCGUGCUCCAAUAACUCUAUCACAAAAAAAAAAUGAGUUGUAGAAAUGAUUGGAAACUCAAGACAGCCAUGACAUUAUGUUCUUUACAAGUGUAUGUACACUUUUGACCACAACUGUAUAUAUUUUCUUAAAUGUAGUGUGUGCUGCUCAUGGGGACUAUUAGUUUAAAUGCUCACCGUGCCCACGGGUCCUUAAGGCCCCUGGCUGCCAACCUCUGCUGUGUAAACUCCAAGGGCGUGCCCUCCACCUUCCACUGCCGGCAGUCCGGCAUGGACAUCUUGCUGUGGCCGUGGUCGCCGCCCAUACUGGUAAGAGCACAGAAAACAACAUAAUAAGACUUCCAAAUCCAGAUGCAAACAUAGUCAAUCCCUCCAUGCACAACAACAAAUCAUUUUAAUUGUACUGGAACAGGAAUUAAAUAUCUAGACAAUUUUAUCUCAGCAAAAUCAAGCAAACAAACAUGUGAUCCAAAAAAUAAAAAUAAAGCCUGA